AUGGGGUUCCUACUUUUUUAUUCGCUUGUAUGUUGGCUGCUGGUGGGAAGCGUCGUCUCCAUCUACGACGACAAUUUUGCGUUCGCGUUUAAGGAGGUGAAUAGGGUAAACACAAUUAAAAAUGACGUCCUCAAAUUUGAAAUAGAGUUCGUUUUGUCCUUCAACACAAAAAAAACUUCAAAAGAAUUUUUCCUAACGGCGUUGAUCCCCGCCAAAAACCUGCAAGUGCUGGCCUUCCAAAGAGAAGACGACAAGGCGGUGCAGGAAAAUGUAGACAUCCGCCUGAACAAGGACACUGCGGGAGAAAAAGACCCAUGUGAUUAUUUAAUCACAUCUAAGAUGUACCUUCUGAAGCUCUCCACGGAGGAGCUUAAAAAAUUCAAAAUUUAUCGCUACCCAUUUUCGAACAAAGAGAAGCCACCACCUGUCCCUUCCCCAUAUGAAUACUCAGAGCAGUCGCUAAAAAACUUCUUCCCCAGCGAAGCAACCAUCUACCCCUCAAACUACUUUUUAAAAAUCUCUGUGGAGGUCGCCAAGGGCGGGUUCAGCUCGGACGGCAUUUGGAUUUUUGCCCUAGCCGAAAAGAACAACUCUAGCACGGGGAACCAAGAGUGCACAAUUUACUCCAAUGAGUUGGCGAAUGUCUUUCUCCCGAUGGUCACCCACAACGACCUCUUCCUAUUGUACUGUAACAGUGCCACCAACGCGGAGCUGCUCAACGUAGUUCGCGACCUGAGAACACCUGUUGACGUGAAAAUAUUUUCCACCAAAACGUUUUAUGGAGCCCAGGGGGUGCAGUACACGGUUCAAAUGAGCCUAGACAAAAUUGUUCCUGCGUUGAAGCUGGACCAAGUGGUGAUCCACCUGAAGAUGCCCCCAGACCUCUGCUACGCCAACUCCUGCUUCAGUGCAAACAAGGAGGACCCGUGCCGGAACGUAAAGGCCGGCCCCUUCGAGCAAUGCGCGUACACGUUUAGGAACUACGAGUUUGUGUUGAAGUCCAGCUCGGGCGAGGAGGUGAAGGACCAAGUGGAAGUGCUGCUGGAAAACGUCAACCACCCCCUCAUCAACCUCGAGAGCGACAAAGACUGGACCAUAAACCUCUUCACAGUAGACCACUCCAACUUUGUGAUCAGGCAGGAACACAAAGAAAUGCUGGAGAAGGUCUCCAACGACCUGUGCUCUAGGAAGUUCAUUAAAAAUUUUGUGAACGUUCAUGCGGACAGCAUCACGUGGAUGAACUCCCACCUAGCGGUGGUACCCACGCCUAAGUUGACGCCCCUCGUGGUGGAGCCAACUGAUCAGCACGGCCUGCUGGAGAACCCCCUGCUAGUUCAACUCAAGCUGCGCUUCCCGGAGACGUACCUCUUCAACAAGUGCAUAGUGGAGCUCAAAACCAUUCACACUUUCGCGUCAGUCACAAGCAAGAGCGAACAUCGACUGGACCACCAUAACAUGAAGCUCAUGUUACCCAACUCAGCAUUCAAGCCAAUUCAAAAUGAUCAACACCGUUUGCAUGUUCAAAAGACAUCCAUUCGAAAUAAUGACUUGGUAAAGUUCGCCCUCAACGUUACCAAGCACAACAGCAAAGACUACUGGAAGAUCAGUAUUAGCUGCCUAAAUGAUGAAAACAAAUACAUAAAGGAAGCACAAGCCCUGUUUACAUACCCAAUAGAAAAUAAAAAAAUGUUCCUAAGUGACCUUUACUUUGGAGAGAAGCUACCCAACAACACGUAUCUGUUCUACCUGAAUGUGUUCCUGUUCGAUGAGAAGGAAGUAGAAAUUAAAUUGUCCCUCCAAAAUAAUUCCACCCCUUUGGUGGCACCUCCUCUCCCUAGUGCAAAGGACACAAAGGAGAAAAUACACCUACCUGACACGUGUGAUGCACAUGUCCAUACCUCCUGCUACGAUUUAGUAUAUCACGAAUGCUCGAAACAGCAGCAGAGUGUAUUAUACAAAAUUAACUCAUACAGAUCUACGAACAAACACUUCACUCUUUUAUUCCCACUUGUCAUUCCAGAAGGAGAGAAAGAAUUUACCUUACAAAUGAAUGUUGAAACGAAGAAGCAUGCGAAACGUGUACAGAAGGAUCUAUAUGUAGACAUAGACCAUAUAAUAAAACAUAACGCCAAAGCACCUUGUGUAAAUAACCUGAUCAUAACAUUGCGCAAGUAUCAUUUGUAUGAGUCUCACUUAUUUCUUCUCUUCAGAGCAGUGAAUUGCUACCGAGUGUAUGAGCCCUUCCUCAUUAAUCAGCAUAACAGGGAAGGCUUCCAUGCAAAGACGGCUUCAUCACAGAAUGGAGAUAAAUUCACGUUCCAAAAAACGUACAGACAAACAUUCCCUGUGAACUACGAAUCAGUCUCGCAGAACAUUUUCGAUCAUCACCUUAUUAGUGUCAUCACCAUUAUCUUAAUUGAUGAUGCAUUUUUUUUAAAUUCACACAUGCGAAGUGGAAAAACGGACAUUGUUGAAUUUUUAAAAAAAAAAAUACUCCCUCUUCCAUACAAUAAAUAUUACCUAGUUAAUUACUCCAACCAAAAUGUACUCAUCAGUAUGUACACAUAUGUCGAUGCUGAAAAUGUCAAAAUUGACAUUGUCCAAAAAUCUUCAGACGUUCCACAUGUUGUAGCAGCGCUCGAUAAAGUCAUCUCCUUUGCUGAAUAUAUAAAGGGCAAGGAGAGAAACUACAUGCACAGCGAGUAUAGCAUUUUAUUAUUAACUGACACGGAAGGAAUGGAUACCGUCAGAGCAGCUACAAGUCAAUAUGUUAAAAACGAAAAUGAUGUUGAGAAAAAGUUUUCGAGGAUUUAUGUCCUAUCCUUUGACAAGGGGGAAAACUUCUGCAACAAUGAUACGUUUAAUGAGUCCAUUCAGAAUGUACAAGAUAUGUACACAUACAAUAGAAAAAAAACAGACCAACUUUUUUUCACCUCAUUUCACACUUACACGGUUGAUGAGGAACUCAUGGUACACUACGCCAAGGCCACGAUCCAAGAUUAUCUCCUCCUCCACACACAGAUUUAUAAAACGGCGUGGUACUUAAUAGGCAUAUGCAGAUACAACGUCGUGAAGAACAGCCCCCCUACUCGAAAACUGAACCUGUUCUACGUUGACAAGAAUGUUAAAACUGUCACGUAUUCCAUUUCGGCUGAUGAGGCCAAGAGCGUGCUCGACAACUCCUCCGCCGAUUCCUACCAGGACAUGUGCAACAUUUUCACGCAGCUGCAGUUGCUGGGGCAUAGGUAG